ACCUGCGAUUGCAUCGACUGUCAACGGUGGAGAGACAUGCGCCAUGGAGACGGAGGACAUUCUAAAGGGUUUUGCAGAUGGCAGCAAGGAAGGGAAUUCGGCUGGAGGGAACACCGCAGACUGUGCAGAGGUGCUUGCGACAAUAUAUGCACAGACUGCAGAGAUGAUAGGUGAUGGUGAUGAAACAGAGAAUGACGCACAAGGGAGCACUUGUAAGACGGAAAAGGUUGGGGAAGAGAGAGAGGAGGGAGGUUUGGGAAGCAGGGAAUCUCUGACAGGGUGUAUUGUGAAAGAUGAAAAUGUGGUGAAGACAUCAGCAGGAGAAGAGUACCCAUGUGACAUCAAUUGGGUGCCGGCUCGUGUUCAACCGGGUAUUGUUGGAGGAACACCAUGCUUUUCAGUAUUAAGGUUGAACGAUGCGGCAACACCACAGGAGAAAGGGCGAUAUGCAUUGAAAAUGUGGCGUGUUCUGGAAGCGCAGGGCGAGUUCAGGCUGAACGAUUUUUUGUACGACAGUUUUGAUUGCGGACAGUCAUGGGUGAUUGGUGGGAACGACGCAACAGGGAGUACGGCGUGCCACGAGAGCGAUGCGAGGAGGGAUCCUAGGUGGGGUUGGGUGCCAUGUGCGAUCCCGAUUCCAUGUGGCCGUGUGAGGAUGAUGAUGCGUGAUGCCAUGGGAAAUGUCUGGAGCACGCAUUAUGUGAAUGGCAACUUCUCCUUCAGGAACCUCGACAGGGAGGUCUCAGAAGACGAGAAGAAGGCAAUGGCAUGUCCUACCCAUACUGAUGGCUGCUUUUUCCCGCCGCUUCGGAACCCUGUGGAGUUGGAGGUGGUUGAAGGGAAACUGUUCAUUGGUGAGGAUGGUAGCGCAUACAUGCAUGCAAGAGGGCAGGAAGCCAAGUAUGAUGGACUAUGCUCGCAAAUAUGGGACCAUGUCACAAUGAGGAGUAACGUUCUGUCUGCCAUGGACAUUGGGGCCCAUGUCGUUCCUGAAGGACAGUUGCAGCAACAUAUUGCCCCUGAAAACAUUGUGGAGCAUUGUCAGUUCCUCGUGGUUCUGGCACGUGUCUCAAUUUUCAAUGUAAAUGUAAAGGACCACGUGCUGGUGGUUGAACACGCAAAGCGCUGCUGGGAGAAGAUAAGGGAGGAGGAGCGUCAGAUGGUGUGCGCGGGUUAUGACUCCAUGGCUGACCAGGGGAUGUGGUCCAUGGUUGAGGGGAGUUGUACGGGCCAAGAGCAGGGCGACGGUCAGAACAGAUACAUGGCUCACAUUCGCCGCAGGCACGGUUGCACGACCGUUCUCGGUUGGGUCCCGGUCGUAUGUCCCAUGACAUAUGAGCAUGGUGGAGAUGUCACCAUGAGAUUCAGAGACCCGCUUGGUGUGCCUUUCCAUCUGACCUACUUAGAUGGACUCCUGCGAGACAUUCGGUACCUGGCGGAAAAUGACUUGGCAGGUUCAGCGCAGGUGCAUGAACUCAGGUCGUCGCGCCCCGGGAUGGCAACUUUGGCGGAAAUCAGAAAGUUGCAACGAUCCACCGACCUUUGCUUGGCUUUCAGGCCAUUCUUGCGGCUCGUGCGCGAGGUUGUGGACGAGGACAUUGCUCUGUUUAUGGGCGUGAGGUUUCAGAUGACGGCGGUGAGUGCUUUGAUGGAGGCUGUCGAGGCGUACCUGGUCGCCAAUUUCGAGAACACCAACAAGGUGGCCAUCCAUUCGAAGAGGGUGACGAUCCAGGUCAGGGACAUGAGACUGGUGGAUUGGUUGUCGAAGCCUCGCUGGGGUGAGAAAUAUCAAGGUAUGUUGGACGAGAAGGCGAGAGGUGAGGAGAGACAACAGCGGAUGGAGGCCAGACAGGCAGAAAGGGAUGGCAGCAGAGCAGGGGCGAAGAAGAGGAAAGUAGUGCUACGUAAGGGGGGGCGCGGGAAAAAAAGGCAGCUUGAGAAUUCUACUGUGUGUGCUGCAUAACGGUUGUCCUGUCGAAUCGUGGACUCCGUGGAAGUCUUCAUGGUGUUAGGUGGGUUGAUUAG